ACUCCACUCUGGCCAUUCAUUCAAUGUACAGACAAACAACGUGGCAUUUCGCGACACCAGUCGGUCGACGCAGUCGUGCCAUCCAUCCCUCUCACAUGAAUGCACCAGUGCGCCGGAAGAAGGAGCGGCGCAGUGUCCAUAUGUGAGCAGCCUCUGUCUUUGUCGUGUAGCGCUUCGUUGAGAAGGUGUCACUCCGUUCCGUACAGAGAAACGGAGUCACGGCAUCACAACAGAGAACUACAGGACAGAAACGAAGCGCAAUAUAUACAUCAGUCAGUCCUGCUCUCCGCAUUGCAAAAGCACCGACAGUAGCAUGCACGCGUCUACCCGCCCGAUAUGGGCGGUAUGAGGGCCACCUCAUCGCCCUCCUUUAUCCGCACAUCGUCCUCAGCAUACUCCUGAUUCACAGCCAGCAACGAAUUCGGCAGCACCUGACAACAGUACACACACGGGAUCUUCCACAAGCACCCUCACUCCUGCAGUGGCUGGCUCACCUUGGCGAGGGGCGGGUGUGUUUGCCUCAGCGAGUCCAUGAGCUCCGCCACGCUCACUGUGUUGUCGGCAGAUGAUGCAUUCACCUCAACAUCCACUGCGCCAGCCCUCAUCGCCUCCUUUGCGCCAGCAAACAGCAGCACUCUGAUUCUCAUUUGCCC